CAGUUGUGGCCAGUGUGUUAAGAUUUUGGGAAAAUUUGUGGAACAGCAAUGGCGCUAGUGAUCGUAAAUGACCCCUACUGGCCUCAUUUUUGUGUUGUUUAAUAGCUUUCUGUCAUUUAAAUGAGUCGGUAGAAGAUGAAAUCUGCUGUGUAAUAUUCAUACCAUUAACAAGGGGUCGUCUUAUUUUCUUUCAGACGAAAAUGUUAAAAACGGAUGCUGUGACUCAGAACGGAUGUCUCGAAUAAUUCGAUUUCUACCAUUUGAUACUUCGAGAAUGUCCCCUACAAUGUCUGAUAGAAGAUACAGCCUUGGAAAUCUUUCCCCACUUACCAGCAAUAAUCAGACGCGCGCAUGUUUAAAGAAUCGAAAAAACAGAAGAAUAAGUUUAGCCUCCUAUUCCCAAACCUUAAAAGUGGACAAUGAGAUCAAUAAAGAAAUGGAUCCUACUGCUGAAACGAAACCGAAACCUCUAUCAGAAAUGAGCACGGAGGAACUCUGCCACUGGUUUCUGAGCCUUGGGUUGGACAAAUGCAUUCCUCGAAUUAAAGAUGCAAGUUUAAAAGGCCAUCACCUGUAUGACGUUGACCAAAGUCUACUUGAUGUUCUACAAAUAAAAGCCACAGAAGAAAAGGAAACGUUGCUCUCCGCUGUGUACAAAGAACUUCAUCCACCUGAUGCUAUCAGCCAGAAGAUAGAUGAAUUAUUAUACUCAUUGGGUCCAUGUGACAUUACCUAUGUUACUGCGGCUUUGCUAAAUCUCAACACCAAAAAUCUGGUUGUGAGCGGAAAUGAUACUUGCCAAACCAUAAUUGAUCUCUGUGAAACAGAAGAUAUGCCCGAAAGAUGUGAGCCAGUGAAUGUUACAGUAAAAGGUUUUGAAAAGAAACUGCGAAUGAAAGUUCCCAGAGAAACAAAAAUUGCAAAAAUAAUGGAUACCUGCAUAACAAUCCUUGGCAUCAGUGACGAUAGACAGGCUUUAUUCUUUCGACAUGGACAUAGUAGUGUCUCACAAGAUUUAUCUGAAAAUAUUGAUAUUGGGGAACUGCAGAAUGGUCAACUGAAACAUAUUAUACUCCAUCUUUAUAAAAAGGAAGACAAAUGUAUACCAGAAAAUGAGUCCAAAAAUGAUAUGGCCCAUGAAGGUCAGUCUGAAGAAUAUGUUCCCCCUUUAAAUGAUAUGAAGGACAAGAUAAAGCAUCUGGAGGACGACCUUGGGGAGAAAAAAGAAACCAUUGCAAGACUUCAUAGAAACUUAGCAUCACUGAGGAAUUUUCACCAGAAGGCAAGUUCUACAUCAAAACGAGAAAAAAAAUGA